CUUCCCUCCAUUUCAUUUUCCCAAACUUCAUGCUCUUACCAAAAAGCAUUUCAAAAUGUGUUAAUGUUCUCCGCAACCUCAUUUGAUUCUCAUAAAGAAAUCUUCACCAACGAUCCCUAUGACACCCAUUGCCAAUAUCAAAACUCGUCUCCUUCAUCUCCAUUCUCCAUCUUCAUCUUCCGUUUCUGGUAAUGAUGAUUCCGGUGGGAGUUUUGAUGACUUUGAACUACUGCAAAAUACAUUGUCUUUUGAAGACAGUGUUGGAUUUGAUAACCGCGUCGUUCGUCUGGAGAGUCCUUUCGUUGAUACUGAAAUGGUGUACGGACUUGAUGAUUGUUCGGAGAACUUAUGCAUUCCUACUUUCGAGUAUGAGGAUGAUGUUGUUCUUGAUAGCGAGGAUGAGGGAAUUAAUGGGAGUCGAGUGAUUAGAGUUUCUAGCUCCCUGUCUAGAAAUGAAGCGGAACAAGAAGUUAAAAGUGAUGCACAAGAAGAGAAUAUGGUAUUGGACUUCCACUCUUCUGAUCACAAGCCAUGCGAUGCAGGGGAGCAAGUUUCUUCAAAUUGUUUUAAUGGGCUUGACAUGGAGAAGGAUUCAUCUCAACUUUCGACAAGGUUAAGCUAUUGCAGUUCUCAAGAACCCGGAGAGUCAACCCAAGUCAAAGCUAUUGGCUUUGUUGAUCAUUUUGUAAAACUAAGUACUACAAAUGUAAAUCCUUCUCAAGGAAUUGGCCAGAGAAAGGCUGCUAGAGUGCAAUCACCUAUUCUUUCAAGAAUUAAGGGACCUCAAAGUUUGGCAAAGAGAAUAGGUAGGAAGUCGAUUGAUGAAACAGGGAACUUUGAGUGGGUGGACAUUAACAAUCAAGAAGCAGAAUGUAACUCAUUUGGCAAGUGCAAAAAGGCAUCUUCUGAUUUAAGUAAUUGCAGAGGACAGUCGUAUACAACCAAGCCUCAUAAUAUGGCGAAACUGAGCAAUAUAAGAGAUUGUUUACUUAAAAGGUAUGAAGACAAGGAGGAAGCAAGUGCAGGCAUUAAAUUCCAGACUGAUUCAACUGCUUCAACUUUUCCACAUCCAAGAUUAGAUAUCUAUUCAUUAGAGACUGAUGGGAUGAGCAGCAUUGAAAUAGAGAAUAGGUCCAACGAGAAAACAAAUGCAAAAUUAGUAGAGGGACAACUUGAAUUUAUGGAUGACGAGAGAGAUGCACCUGACGAAUUAGAUAUUGGCUUUAGUACUCAAAUUGCUGCUGAGGCAAUGGAAGCACUGUGUUAUAUCCCAGACAACGAUACUCUUGCCAAUGCUUGCAGUUCAGAGAAUGCCCUAGAUAGUGUUUCAUGUUCUAUGAUAGAACAUAAACCACACUUGAAUAGUUCUUAUCCUCAGACUAUAGGUGGCGCUGAUGGGAAAUCGAAGCGAACACUGAAAUCUAAGAGGAAGCUUAACGCAAAGUAUUUGAAUACAUCCAAGGUACAAUGUGAGUGUCAGGAAUUACAAGCCGUUUUGAUAACUAAGAGUAAAGCAAAAAGAAGUUGGUUGGCGUUGCAGGGACAGUCAAAUUAUAGAAAGUCUCCUGAUGAGAGCAAUUAUACAGCCACACCUUCCAAUUUACUUAGCGAAACAGGUAGUUGCCAACUGAGUCAGCGAGGUCUCACUGUUGGAGAUCAAGUUUCCACCCGUUUGAUGGUUGGUUUAUGUAGCCAUCCCAGAGGAAGAAGAACACCUCGCAACAUCCAAAGCCAUCCAAAUAGAUCAAAAAAUCAGAACAACACUUCUUUAGCAGUUGAUGGAAGUUGCAACAAUUCCAUCUUAAUGAAAAAUGGGAAAGUAGGCAGAAAUUCUAACAGGAAGAACACAUCAAGGUCCAGAUCAAAAUUCAAAGUUUAUCACAAUACAAGUCGUAGAAUAAUGCUACCACAGUCUUCUUCAAAAGAGCUUGCAAGAUUAGGUGUCUCAGAGUCGAUGCCUGAUCUAAAAUGGAAAGAUUUGAGGAGAAGAAGAACAAUGGCUUUGGUAAGAGUAUGCUUUAGCCAGCAUUUGGACGAAGUUACCCUCAAGCAACAAAAAAGGGUUGUCUUACAACUGGGAAUAUCAAUUGCAUCGAGUUCUGUAGAUGCCACACAUUUUGUAGCAGAUAAGUUCGUUCGUACGAGGAACAUGUUGGAGGCUAUUGCUCUUGGUAAACCAGUGGUUACUCAUUCAUGGCUUGAAAGUUGUGGACAAGCAAGCUGUUUUAUCGAUGAAAAGAAAUAUAUUCUAAGAGAUACUAAGAAGGAGAAGGAAAUUGGUUUUAGCUUGCCUGUUUCCUUAUCUCGUGCUACCCAAUGUCCACUUCUACAGGGUUUCAAAGUCCUCGUCACCCAAAACAUAAGACCUGGUAAAGAAAUCAUUGCUAGUUUGGUAAAGAUGUCUCAGGGUGAGCCUAUUGAGAUGAGUCAGAUUUUCACUGGGAAGAAUGAAAAGUUCCCGAACAAUCUACUUAUUCUUUCAUGCGAAGAAGAUUAUGCAGAUUGUGUUCAUUUCCUCAAAAAAGGAGCAAAAGUUUACAGUUCCGAGCUUCUACUGAAUGGGAUAGUUAUCCAGAAACUUGAAAACAAACGGCAUGAGCUCUUCACAGACAGCACGAAAAGGUUUUGAUAGCGGUUAACAACACUAGAAAAGAAGUAGAAUUGCUCUUUCUUCCCCCAUUGAAAUGGUGGUAAAGAUGACUGAUGGAUACGUAUUUUCACUCAAAGAGGUAAUCCUCCAUCUCUUUGAGUGCAUUUUUUGGAAGAUCCAAACACUGUACAUAAAUUUCUUUCUAUUAUGAUGGAAUCCAUAAUUUUGUGUGCUUCGUUUUUCUUCUCUAUUCUGUUGACCAACACCAUGACAAAGAAAAACUGUUUCUGAAACAAUUUUCAGGCGACCUUUAUAGAAGUAAAUACUAUUUUGGGCUUGAAA